GCACUCCUGGGCCGGCCCAUCUGAGGGUGCAACGAAAUAAACAAAAAAACCGGAAGUAGCAACCAUAAUCUUCUCAUCGUCGGACGAGAAUCAUCCGAAUCGCAAUGAAGUUGCUGAAAAAGCACUCAUCACCACUAUCCAUUUGUACCUUGCAGGCGGAACGUCGAACUCCUUGCGGGCGCGGUGGAAGAAGUCGGACGGUGAAGAGCACAUGUCUCUUCCAGACCAGGCAGCAGGCCUGUCGACGUGGACACGGCUGUGGUGGGAACCGGCAAGCAAGGUAGCUGAGCUUGGAGCGUUGCUAGCAGCAACAGAGGCGAGGGUGGUGGCGUGGACGUGGGGGUGUUACGACGGCGCGAAAACAGUCCACCAACGCCGACAAGAAUGGUCGUCGGGUGCAGUGUGCUGGUAGAUGAGGUAUGUGGGUACGGGUAGUGGCCUGGGUAGCAUACAACCUGGGCGACGGCGGCGAGGACGGAAUGUGUUGGCUGUCGAUGGAAGAGGAGGAAUGGCCAAUAUGACACCGACUGACGGACCGGGGGAAGAAGGACAGUCGUCACCCGUGUCCGCGCCGACGCAAACAUGUCCCAAAUUUGAGUCAGCAAUGGAUCAUAGGCAGACAAAAUCAAUUGGUGGUGGGAAGGGAAGGAGAGUCUUGCUGCCUGCCUGCGUCACCUCACUAUGGCUAGUCCAAAAAAACUCCCUCCUAGUCAUGGUCGUUGCUUCUUCUCCCCCACCCUAAUCCACACCCAUCCACGGUCCCUCUCCCUCGGCGUUGGCUUCGGCGGGAAGGCCGCCCGCUGUGGAUCUGGAGGAGACGAUGGAGACGUCGUCGACGCUCGCUGUGGUUGUUUGGCACGCGAGGUGGGACGGGGACACGAGUGCGGCCGUGCCGUCGUGUGUGGCGGCCAACCGCGAGCCCGAGACGGCGCCGCCGGCUGCUGCGCCCACGAAUAGAUGGUCGGACGGCACCACGGCUGGCCGUUAUACGCCGUCCCGUGUCAAUUCCGAAGCCGAAUUUCUCACCGCUUGGCGCUCCCGUCUUCUCCGGCUCCGACCACCUCCAUCUCCACCGCCGGUGACCCGCCUUCAGACCCCUUUCGCGCACACCUUCAUCCUUCUGCUCUCCUCUCUUCUACUAACUGGUAGUAGUAUAGUAAGCAACGCUAACUGAAUUGAACAGCUCCUAUACUCCACUACAGCGGCAGGUGAGUGAGAUCCAGCGGCUGGGUUCUGAAUGUUACUAUCAACCAUCUGAUUUGCGCCAGUUAUCCAUCCUCACUUGCAGAGAAUUAUUCACAAGAUCCUCAACUAUUUCAAAAGGCACACCAAUUCUUCAGAUUCCCUCGUCUUUGUGGUGCUGACAAACUAAUCACUAACAUUGCAUCUCUCUCUCUCUCUCUCUCUCAAUGCCCGGAUCAUCGCUGUGGUUCCAGCGCAGCAGCCAUCCUGCGGCGACACAACGGCCUAUCAAGUACAACGAUCAAGGCAUAGUCGACAGCCUUACCGAAAAUAAUCUGACAAGUAUGUGGGCUAGCAGAAGGAUAGGGGAGGACGGCCAAUUGUAUGGAGUCCAUGUUCAGGGCACUGCUGGCAUCGGUCUCCCAACUACGGUGCUUGUCAAGAAGUUCCAGAACCUGAACCCAGCACUACUGGUGGAUGACAAUGUCAGGAACCGCUGCAAGUCGGAGAUGGUCCUAUUAGCCAGCAUCUGUCAUGACAACGUCAUCAAUGUCAUACACUUCAUCCAAAGGGAGGAAUCCAUCAUGCUCGUCUACGAGUACCCGGUGAACGGCAACGUUGACUAUUGGCUACACCGGCGGGAGGGGGGCGAGCAGCCGCUGAGUUGGCCACAAAGGAUGGGCAUUGCCAUUGGUGUGGCCCAAGGGCUCUGCCACUUGCACCACAAAUGCAACAGACCGACUGUCCACCACAACAUCAACUCUAACAAUAUCUUGCUUGAUCAGAAUUUCAAGGCCGUGAUAGCCAGCUUUGGCGCUGCGCAGAUGAACAUCGCCGGGCUUAACCAAACAUUGCCGAUCACGGAGAUUCCUGUUGGUAACUUUGGGUAUGUAGCUCCAGAGUAUGGUGUCGCAGCAAGCCAGCUGACAGAGAAGGCAGACAUUUACAGCUUCGGCGUGGUGCUGCUAGAGCUAGUCACAGGGAAGUUGGCAAAUGGAGCAGAUGGUCUAUUGGCGAUUUGGGCUCGGGACAACUGCAAUGAAUUGAUGGCAAACCAUCUGAAAAUGUUCAAGAUUGUCGUGGACAAGAGCAUCCCUGAUCAAGCACGGUACAUGGAAGAGAUGGCGACGGUGUUCAGGCUAGGUGUGGAUUGUACCGUUGGGGAUCCGAAGCAAAGGCCGUUCAUGCAGAUGGCUCUCAAACGACUCCGUCGCAGCCGUGGGCGUGGUCCAUUCCUUGGCCUCCUCAACCUAUACAUGGAUGUAGUCCAAGUGAAGGACAAAGUGGCAUGUGAGAUCAGCUCAGCGGAUGAACUGGCAUUGACAGAGCUUAUGUUCAGUGAUACUUUGAAGGAUGCUAUAGUAGAAAAAGAUGGUGGCUCUGCUUUCUUGCUUUUUUUGGCAACAAAAGCUUCAGGGUGCCCCAAAACCGUGGGGGUCAAAAGGACGUGAUCAAUAUGAUCAAG